AUGAGUAAUUUGAGACAAGGAUUUAAUUUGCCAAAUCGUGCGAUUCAGCAAUAAACUUAAUAAACCUAAUCAAGUAAGUAGGAAGCUUAAUAAAUCUAUUAAUUUAAACCAGCAAGCAUCUAAUCUUAGUAACAGAGAUAAAAUAAUUUUCAAUAAAAUUAAUAAACAAGUUUUUAACUGCAGAAUUAGGUUUAAUAUAAUGAAAAAUAAAAAAAUUAUAAUUAUUAAACAUAAAAUAAUGAUAUUUAGAAAAUGUCACUUCAAACACAAACACAGACAAAUGUUUAGUAAAACUAAUUUUAGUAAUAACCAUAGAAUAGUAAUUAUUAUCAACAAUUCUAAUAAAACUAACUUCCUUAAAAUAACUCCAAUCCUAACUUCUAAAAUGAUAGAAGUCGAAAUGGUUAAUAGCCAAAUGUUAAUAAUUAAAAUUAAACUUAAAUUAGAUCAGAUUCGUCUAAACCAUUUGAUAAACCAAAAAGAGGCCACUCAAUAAAAGAUAGAAAUACUGAAUAGCAGAAAAAUUAAAAUACAAUUUAAGCAUAAGCAUAAGAAUAAUACUAACUAAUUAACAAUACUUUUGAUUCAUCAUAAAAGACAAAAGCAUAUUAGAAUUUAGUUAAUUCAAAAAUCAAUACAAAUAAACUUCCCAUUAUAAACUCUGGACAAAAUGCUAAAAACUCUCCUAUGCAAAAUACUAAUCAACAACCCUAAGCAAAUAAUAUCUUCAAUAUUGAUAAAGGUAAAUAAAUACCUUUUUUAAGAAAUAAUUAAUAAAAUCAAUAAAAUUUAAAUUCAUAUUAGCAAGGCAUAAAAAUGGAUUCUAACAUAAUGCCUUAAGCCAAUUAAUAUAAUUUUCAGUAGAAUAAUUAUAGCUAACCUAAUAAUUCAUAGGCAAUAAUACCAUAAUAUCCUUAAAAUACUAUUUAGAAUAAUAUAAUUAAUUCAAAUUUAGCAAAUUAACAACUAAAUAAUAAUUAAAAUACUUAACCAUUUUCAAAUAGUUAUUUAUUGCAAUAAUAAAACUAUAUGGAAUAAUCUUAAUAAAGCAAUUUGAACUAAAUGAACAAUAUCUAUCAGAUGAACCAGCUAUAACAAUAAUAUUAAUAACAGCAACAAUAACAAUAACAACAACCUUAAUAUAGAAAUUUACCAAUAUAAGCAGAAUUAAACAAAAAAAAAGAAAAUUCAUAGCUAGAUGAUUUAACUUAGUCUUAAUCUAAUUAAUAGCCUUAAGGGAUGAAUUUAAGUGUAAUUUAAGAAUUAAAAGAUUCAGAAAUUAGUUAAUCAUAAAGCAGUUAGAUAUAGAAUUAAGAUUAAUUUAGCUAGUAAUAUCCUUUAAAAGAUGCAGCAAAUAGUUAAAUUAUAGAAACAAACAAAAUUAAUCAAUACUAACAAAACGAAUAAACUUCUAAAGUAAAUUUAAAUAACAUCGAAUAGUAGAGCAAUCAUUAAACCUAACAAUUCGAGCCAAUAAGUAUUUAAAAUAACACCAUUAAUAUUUAGAACAAUUUUAACUAAAACUUUUAUAAAACUAAUUAAUAAAAAAUUGCAAAUGGCUAAACAAAUUUCAAUUUCUAAAAAUAAAAAAACGAUGAAAUCUAACAAAUAUUUAAUCACCCUCAGAAUCAAAAUAAGUAAUAAAGAAGUGAAGGCUAUAAUUAGCCAAAAGACACAUCUUAUGAAAAGUAAGAUUUACCAUAAAAAAGUUAAGUUAAAAUUAUAGGAGAAAAUAAUAUUCCAUUGCAAAGCUAGCAAGAGGAAAAAAAGUUUAACACAUAUCUGAAUUCAUCUACUACUGAAUAAUCUAGCAAUUUUAAAAAUGAUUAAAAAGAUGAUGAGACUUAAAAGACAACACAUGGCAAAUCAAAAGAUACAUUUUAGUUUUUGACCAAGCAGCAGUUUGACUCUGAUAAUAAUAUUAUUUAAAUACUUGCUGAAAAAGUAAUUAGCCAAGAGACAUAAUAAAAUAUUUAGAAACUAUAUUAGGAAGUUAAUACAAAAGAUUUAGGCUAAAUUUAUAACCUUGAAGUAUUAAAAAAUGCAAUUGAUACAUCUAUUUAGGAAUUCAACUCUACAAUAAACUCUAGCAUUAAAGGAAUAUCUAAUUUAAAAUUUUUUGAUAAUUAAAAAAUUCUAGAUUAGUAUUAAUUGCCUUCUGAAAUUUAUGAGUAAUGUUUUAAAGAAUUACAAUUAAUACAUACAGGAAUUUUAUCAGAAUUGUUUAGACCUGAUUAACUAUAUUAAGUUUUUGAAACUAAAAUAAAUAAAGAAUUUGUUAAAAAUAUGCUAUUGUAAUACUUACAUUAUUUUUAAACUGGUGAAAUUAUUGAUUGUAUACACUUUAAUUGUGUUUCCAUGUAAAAGUUAACCUAAGAUAAAUUAAACAAUUAUAAGUAUUAUUAGAUUUAAGGAUAAUACUUUGAGAAUAAUUUAAUCUAGUCCUUUAACAGUUGUCUUUAUUAAAUAAAAGAGGAAAUAUAAAGAGACUUAUAGAAAGGGAUAGCUGAUUUGAAUUCUGAGAAUAAAGGUUUAGAUUCGUUAAAGAGCACUUUUAUUAAUAAAAAGAAUGAAUUGAUCAACUUAAUUAACUAAUAUUGGAAAUUAAUCAAAAUUAAAAAUAUUUAUGAAAUAGAUACACUUUCUGUUGUUAUUAUUUAUAAGAAAAUAUAAAUUAUGAAUGAGCAAUUAAACUAAUUUUUAGAAUAAUCACAAGAUUCUCUUAACUCUGUUGUUAAUGAAAUUCUAUUUAAAUAAGCUAACACAGCAGCAAACUUAGGCCCUAUAGAAACAGAAAUGUCAGAGUAUUUUUUGAUGUACAUAAGAAAUGAUACUGAUGACACUAUUUUAUAACUCAAAACAAAAUAAGAUCAAUUAUUUGAAAUAGCGUGUUGUUAAUAUGAGCAAACAGUAGUUGCAAAUUAUUACUUAAAAUAAAGAGCUUAAGACAUUUUAGAAAAUCUAAAAACAAUAAAAAUCUAUUCAAAUUAAUUGAGUAACAUGGCUUUGGAUAAUCUGAAAAAACUUUUUUAAAAAGAAAGCUUUUUAUCAUUAUUUAAAAGUGUUUUAUCAGAAAACGAAGAUUGGAGUUAAUUAGAAAAUAUUAAUGAUCCAAUAUUACUAAUUUUUUUAAUAAGACACAUUUUAAAAAGAAUUAUCAUAUAAACCAAGAAAGUAGAAGAUCUUCUCAAGCAAAUUAAUAAUUAAAUGUAGCUAACAAAGGGUGACUCUAUAGAUUAUUACUUUAACUCAAAUUAAAAUCUUCCAUUCUUUAAAGUUAAAUUUGUUUCAAAGUUACCACUCUAUAUUGAAGAUGACACAGUCUAUGCAAUAAUAAACAUAAAUCUUGGUUUACAAGAUUUUUUUUUUAAACUUAGUAAUUAUUCUUAACUCUUUUAGUAUAAAAUUAAUGAUUAAUUUAUUAAAUGUGGUUUGAAGGAUGAAAUUGAAUAAAGAGUUAAAUAAUUUGAAAUUGAAAGAAAAUAUCUCCCUUAAUUUUUGUUUUAGCUUGAAAAAUCUCACAAAUGCGGUAUAUUAGCUAUGUACAUUGAAGAAAAAUUUGAGACAAUAUAAUCUUAUUUGGCUAAAAAAUAAUAGAAAAGUAUUUUAAAAGGUUUCAUCAAUAAAUUUAAAAAAGAAUCGAAGUUUGAACCGUUUAUAUCUUAAAUGUCUUUCACAUAUUAUUAAAAAACUCUUGAGUAUACUUAUUAAUUGACACAGGUGUUUAAAGAGAUUCUUAAAGUAGCUAACUAAGAGCUAUUAAAUUAAAAAGAAAAGAUUAAUAGAUAACUUCAAUCAGAAUUUAAACAAUUUGCUUAAAAAUAAAAUCAAUAUUAAGAUGAAUUAAUUAUAUUUUAAGACUAAAAUAAAAUCCCAUAAAUAGUAGCAUACAAGGAUAAAAAAAAGUAAUAUUAAACACUUUUCUUUUUAACUAAGAAAGAAUCUUUUAAAAAUGAAGAGGGAGAUAUUGUUAAGGCUUAUAAACUCAUAUUUGAAUACAAGUUUUAAAAGAUACUAUUCUUCUCACUAUUUAGCGAUAUUUUAAAAGAAGAUAAUCAGUUAACCAAAUAUUUUUUUUUAUUUUUACUUAAUUAAAUAUUAAAUAUCUAAGAAGUAGAAAAACAGCAGCUACCUGUCGAUUUUAAUGAAUGGUUUCUAAAAUUUUUAAUUGAAAACACUAAUGAACAGAUUUAUUAGCUUCUUAAUUAAAAAGAUCAAUAAAUUCCUCAGAGUAAAGGUUAAUUUUAAUAAUCACUUUAAAAAAAUUUUGAAUAAAAAUAAACAGUAACUAAAACCGUUUAAAAAGAAAUUGAUGAUUAAAAUUAUAUUAAUUAGAAAAAAUAAGAUUUUUAAGUUGAAGUAUAAACUAAUAGUGUUUAAUUAGGUUUUUAAGUUUAAAUUUAAGAUUAGCCAUAGUUCAAUAAUAAAAAAGAAACUGAUUAAUCAUAAGAAUAUAAAUAAUACUGUUUAAAGAACUUUCUUGGCUUGAUUUAAGAAGAAAGUUUCAAAAAAAUAUUUAAUGGUGUAAAAAAAUUUAAUUUAGAUUAUCUAAAAGAUUAUGGAUAUGUUAGUGAAAUAAGAGAUAUAAAAGACUCUCAAUAGAAAAAUAAAAUAAUUCAAUUUUUUAAAGAUAAGUCUCAUAUUUACAUCAUUGGAAAUAUUUAUUAGUAAUUUUAAAUUUUAAUUUAUUUAAAUUAAAAAUGUUAUUGUUUUUAUGAAGAGAAUCCUCCAUCAUUUUUACAAAAUUUAUAAAUUGAAUCAUACAUUAAGAUUAAACUUAAUACAGAUAAUAAUAUUUUUGAAUAAGAUUAAGCUUUAACAAUAUUAUAUUUAUUGAUAUGGUUAUAAGAUUAACAAAGUGGUAAAAUAACAUAAUAAACAUAUGAUCAAAAUAAAAACGGAUAUAAAUUUUAACUUCAUUUAAAGUACAUUUGGAUACAAUAAUAAAAAAGUGAAAAAAGGCUAUUUUAGCAAGAUAAAAUUUUAAUCUAUGAAUAUUUUUCUCAAAUUAAAUAACCCAAAUCAUAUGAAGUUUAAAUUUAUAAAGUAAAAUAAUUAUCUCCUCAAAAUGAAAUUCCUUUGAUAUUUGUUCUCAGAGAUACAAUCAAAUAUUAAAAAGAAAUAGUUUUUAUUUAUGAUUCAAAUAAUGAAUAGUGCUAGAAAGAUACAGAAGAUAUAAAAAAGAAAUUCUUUUAAUGCAAGUUUAGCUCCAUAUAAUAUUAAUUUAAAAAUGCUUAAUAACAAAAAUGUCUUAUUAAUGUUAGCUUACAUCAAUAUCUAAAUUAGACAAAUUAUUAAAAUAAUUCUUUAAAUACUAUUGUAAAUUCAUAUUUUACAAACUAUCUCUAAGAUAUAUGUUUUCCUUUUUUCAUCUAGUGA